UAGAAUUUUAAAGUACUCCAUCUUUGUAUCUAACGCUUAACUAAAACCCUAUUAUCCUCUUUGUAUCUAAGGCGUAGUUAAAAUACCUGUCAUAAGAAGCCAUCGUUUCUUCGCCAACUGCAGAGAAAGGAACAAAGCAGCUCCAAUAUACAAUCAGAGGUAUCAAUUCCACAACCUGCUCUGUACAGCUCUAAUUGCACCAUAAUCAAACCGUCUUUUGCUGAACAAUUGUUCAUUAAUGUGAUCCUUCCAAUAUAUUUGUGCAAAAAAUGAAAGACCCAUGAAAUUUUCGUGGACGCUUGUUCAUUUGCAUAAGCUUUAUAAGCUAAAAAACAUAUUUUUUUUCUUCGGUCCAGAAAUCAGAGUCUAUUGUUUGCUAACUUGAGAUGCUAAUUCGAAAAAUCCGCAAAAGUGUAUCUUGGAAAAUGAUAUCUCAGCUCAAUCACCUAUUUAUUUCUCCUAUUUAUGAAAAGGGUUCUAAUUCUCAUAGUCCCCAGAAUUUUUCGUCUUUGAAUAUUAGAUGCUUUCGUAGUUCACAUAAUCCUAAGGUAUCUGUUCCCGAAUCGACAACUCAGACACCCAUUUCCGUUGCUGUCAAUAAAAUGUCGCGGGUUACAAGAACUGAUGCACAAGCAGCUCUCUUUGAUUACUUGCAUUGUACAAGAGGGUUUAAUUAUGUGGAUGCCGAACAUAUUAGCAAGAACUCGCCUCAUUUUCUUCAAAGCUUGCUAUCCAAGGUUGAUAAUGAUCAAGACAUAACGAGGGCGUUGACACGUUUCUUUAGAUACCAUCCUAUUAAUGAGUUUGAGCCGUUUUUGGAAAGCUUGGGGUUGAGCCAAUCCAAGCUUACAUCUAUGCUUCCGCGAAAUUUGAUAUUUUUGAGUGAUGACAGUGUCUUGCUUGAUAAUUAUCAUGUUCUUUGUGAUUACGGCAUUCCUCGUGUUAAAAUGGGGAAGAUCUAUAAGGAAGCGACUGAGAUAUUCAGAUAUGACUAUGGAGUCUUGGAUAUGAAAUUGAAGGCUUAUGAGAAAUUAGGUUUGAGCAGAUCAACGGUUAUAAAGUUAGUGACUUGUUCGCCUACUCUUUUGCUUGGUGAGAUGAAUAGCGAACUUAUUAAGGUUCUUGAGAAAUUGAAAAUCUUAGGUUUUGAAAAUGAUUGGAUUGGAGGAUACUUAUCCAACAGGCACUCCUACAAUUGGGGUAGAAUGCUUCACACAUUGCAUUUUCUCAAUGAAGUAGGAUAUAGUGAUGAAAAGAUGGCGGCUUUGUUUAAGAUGAACCCUGCAUUCUUAUUUGAAGGCUCUGGGAAACGAAUUUAUGUAUUGGUUGGGCAAUUACUGAAGUUGGGUCUUAAAAUGAGUGACAUAUACUCACUAUUCUGUCAAAAUCCUAAUAUUCUAUCUCUCAAAUGUGCUAAAAAUCUCUGGCAGGCACUGUACUUCUUGUUGGAGAUAGGAUUAGAGACCGAAAUUAUUGCAAAUAUUGUAUCUACACAUAUACAACUUCUGGGGUCACAUUCUCUGAAGGGACCAAAGACCGUUUUGAGGGGCUUCAAGGGCGACAAGUGUCGUUUAUGUGAAACUAUAAAAGAGGAUCCUUUGAACUUAUUCAGAUUAGCCUCAAAAUCAAAAGUUAGCUUGGAGCAGAUGACUUCCCAGAACCCAGGAAAAUUAUUUGAGAAAACUACUUUCUUGUUGAGAGUAGGUUACUUAGAAAAUUCAGAUGAGAUGGCAAAAGCUUUAAAGCAGUUCCGUGGACGAGGAGACCAGUUACAAGAGAGGUUUGAUUGCCUAGUAAAUGCUGGUCUGGACUGCAAUGUUGUAAUUAAUAUGAUUAAACAGGCUCCCACGGCGCUGAACCAGAGCAAAAAUGUGCUUGAGAAGAAAAUGGAUCUACUGAAAACAUAUUUAGGUUAUCCAGUGGAAUCGAUUGCGUCAUUUCCAUCUUACCUCUGCUAUGAUGUUGACAGAGUCCAUCUUCGGUUUUCAAUGUAUGCAUGGCUGAAGCAAAAGGGUGCUGCAAAACCAAGAUUGUCAGUGAGCACUCUUCUUGCUUGUUCAGAUGCCCGCUUUGUAAAAUAUUUUGUUGACAUACAUCCAGAAGGUCCAGCAAUGUGGGAAAAUUUAAAAAGUUCACUUCAAUCCAGCUAAGAUUAUUUUCCAUAUCAGUUUUGAUGAAUAAAGUUACCAUUUUUACCCCAA